AUGAGAGAACAAAAAAAGUAUAAUAUUGCUAUGGUAUGCGAUUUUUUCUAUCCACAAUUAGGCGGUGUUGAAUUUCACAUGCACCAUUUAUCCCAAAAGCUCAUUGAACUUGGUCAUUCCGUUUGCAUUAUAACACAUUCAUAUAAAAAUAGAAGAGGGAUACGGUAUCUAUCAAAUGGUCUUAAAGUUUAUUAUGUGCCGUAUAUUGUCCUAUAUAGAGAAACUACCUUUCCAACAGUCUUUUCUACAUUUCCCAUAAUGAGAGAUAUAUUUAUUAGGGAAGAUGUUCAAAUAGUACAUUCACAUGGAAGUGUUUCAACAUUUGCUCAUGAAGCAUUAGUUCAUGCAUCUAUAAUGGGGCUAUCCACAGUUUUCACAGACCAUUCUUUAUAUGGAUUCGACACAUUGGGGUCUAUUUUAAUUAACAAGUUAUUGAAGUUUAGUACCACAUUAGUUGAUCAAUUAAUAGCCGUUUCCAAUAUAACAAAGGAAAAUAUGUGCUUAAGAACUAUGUUUGAUCAUUCCAAAAUAUCUGUCAUUCCUAAUGCAGUAGUUCCUGAUGACUUUAAGCCGGACGAAAAUUUAGCUUUUUUGAAAAAAUCAAGGAAACCAGAUGACCCAAUUACCAUUAUAGUUAUAUCAAGAUUAUUUCCCAACAAGGGGGCCGAUCUUUUGACACACUUAAUUCCUAAGAUUUGCGAAAAUAACCCAAAGGUUAACUUUAUAAUAGCAGGCGACGGUCCUAAAUUUAUAGAUUUCCAACAGAUGAUUGAAACUUACAGAUUACAAGAAAAAGUUCAAUUAAUUGGAUCUGUCCAACAUGAAAAAGUAAGAGAUGUUAUGUGUCAAGGUGAUAUUUACUUGCACGCUAGCUUGAUUGAAGCAUUUGGUACCGUAUUAGUAGAAGCAGCUUCCUGUGGACUGCUAGUUGUCACCACAGUGGUUGGCGGUAUACCAGAAGUAUUGCCAAAACAUAUGACCAUUUUUGCAGAAAAUACAUCAGUUUCAAGUUUGGUCAAAGCCACUACUAAAGCUAUUGAAUUAAUUAGAAAUGGAUAUGAUACCACAACUUUUCACGAUGAAAUAGCGAAGAUCUAUGAUUGGAAAGACGUGGCGAAAAGAACUGUCAAAGUUUAUGAUAAUGCUGUAAAUAGGAGUGAUAAACCCAAAAAUUGGUUGGAAAUUGUAGAAAGGUUUUUUAACAAUAAUAAGGAUACUGGCAAUGGUAUGAUGGCUAGAUGUUUGUUUGCAUUGUGCGCAAUUGUUGAUAUACUAUUUUAUCUAUUUUUAGAGUGGGUUCAUCCAAGAGACAGAAUUGACAAAGCUAUAAAAUGGAAUCAUCGAAAGAAAUAG